UUUCUCUGGCUUAGCAAUGUCUGGUCGCGGCAAGGGCGGGAAAGGCCUAGGCAAAGGCGGCGCCAAGCGCCACCGCAAGGUCCUGCGCGACAACAUCCAGGGCAUCACCAAGCCCGCCAUCCGCCGCCUGGCCCGGCGCGGAGGAGUCAAGCGCAUCUCCGGCCUCAUCUACGAGGAGACCCGCGGGGUGCUGAAGGUGUUCCUGGAGAACGUGAUCCGCGACGCCGUCACCUACACGGAGCACGCCAAGCGCAAGACCGUCACGGCCAUGGACGUGGUCUACGCGCUCAAGCGCCAGGGCCGCACCCUCUACGGCUUCGGCGGUUGAGUUGCCAGAGGGUUCAACACUAUUAUUACACAAAGGCCCUUUUUAGGGCCAC